CUCCAUUCCACCUCCGCGUUCUUUUCCUCACACGCCCUGCCGGGCAACGACAACAGAACUCCUCAUUGUACUCCGAUCUCUGCAUAGUCAGAAUCACAUAUCGACAAACCCAAAAACACAUCGAAAACUCCCUCCUAACCCUCUCGUCCAACCGACUAGUUCACGAACGACAUGCCUGACGAACCCGUGGCGCAGCCCCAGCCGCAGACGCAGCAGACGCAGCAGACGCUGCCUAAGAAAGACGAGAAGAAGCCAGGAAACGCGGGGAACAACCGCGGGCCGAAGCGGAGCGCGUCCACCUCCAAGCCUAACAACGCCGGCGGCGCCAACAAUCAAGGCGGUCCCAGGCCGUCCUCGAGGACCAGCAGCAAGAAGAACAGCACCACGACCCCCGCCGAGUCAGGUUCCGAGGCGGCGGCCAAGAAGGGCGCCGAGAGCGAUAGCGGCAAGAAGCAGGAGCCGCGCAAGAACAGCACCAAUCGCGCGCCUGCCCAUCGCAAGAGCUCUGGCUCGACUUCGACCGGUCCCAAGAAGCCCAACGCCGGCGGCGGCCAGGCGAAUACGUCCCCGCAGCCCGGAAACAGCGGCAGUGAUGCGUUAUCGUCCCUUCAACGUGUCAUCAACGACCUGAAGUCUACGUCCCCCAACCCCAACCAGCAGCCGAGCACCGUUCCGCACGGCAUCUCGGCUAACGCUCCCGUCUUUCAGCCCGGUGCUGCCGCUUUCCCUGCCAACUCGCUCGACCAGCAGAAGCACCGCAAGGCUUCCUCUGUCGGCGCUGGCGCGCUCUCUAACAACUUCAACUCCUUUGCCCCCGGUCUCCACGCGAUGGUGGAGGACCACGAGGAGGGCGAGAUUCCGGAGAACUAUUACCAGCCUCCGCCCACGCACCAGCCUCGCUCCCAGUCGCAGAGCUUUGUGGCCCCCCGUUUCGCUGCCCUCGCCGCUCAGCAGGAGCAGGAUGCAAUCGGCCCCACUGGCCGCCCUACGCUGGCCCCGAACUUCAUGUUCGGUGCUCGCAAGCGCCAGGGCGGUCCCAUGGGCCCGCUGAGCGAGGAGGACAACGGUUUCCAGUUCCCUCAGCAGCAGCAGCAGCAGCAGCCGCUUCACGAGGCGCCUAGGGAGCAAGGUCACCGCAAGGCUGACAGCCAGGGCGAGAUCCACGGCAUCAUGGCCGAGCAGAUCGCUCUGCAGAACCAGAUUGAGGCGCUCCAGCAGCAACAGCAGGCCCUCUAUCAGCAGCAACUGGCCUCCAACCAGGUCCUUUCCUACCAGACUCCUGGCCUGGCUCCUGGUCGUGGUGCGCAUCGUCGCGUUCAGAGCACGGUGCCUAUGGCCGGCAACGGCUAUGGUGGCCCUCAGAACCCUAUGGGCCAGUUUGGCAACCUCGGUACUCUCAAUAUGGGCCUCGACGGGCAGACCCAAGGCGUUCCUCGCGGGCACGGUCGCCGUCACAGCGUCAACGUCGUCAACAAGCCCGGCCAAUCGUUCGGCCAGUUUGAUGGCUUCGACGAUGGGUUCCAGCCGCCUCUCCCUCCCGGCGGUCACUCUCGUCAGGCCUCCCGUGCUGACUCUAGUUGGCGUAUCAAUGGUGGGGUUGGCGGCGUCCAAGCCAACAAUGCGUUCGCGGCGGAUCUUGCGCAGGCUCAGGCGCAGUUGCAGAGCCUUCAGCAGUUCCGCCAGGCGGCAGGUGGCCACCACCACAAGAUGGCAUCGUUCAGUUUCCCCAACAUGCUGCCCAACAUGAUGGCGGCGAACAUGAUGGGCAUCAACAUGGGCGGCAUCAACCUUCUCCAGCAGCAACAGCAGCAGUUCCAGUCGCAGCUCCAACAGCAGUCCAACCAACCCCAGCGCAAGUCCCUCUUUGCACCCUACCUCCCGCAGGCCUCCCUGCCGCCGCUUCUCGCUGCUGGUAAGCUCGUCGUCGGUAUCCUUCGCGUCAACAAGCGCAACCGUUCCGACGCGUAUGUCGCCACGGAGGUGCUUGACGCCGACAUCUACAUUUGUGGCUCGAAGGAUCGCAACCGGGCGUUGGAGGGCGACAUCGUCGCCGUGGAGCUCCUGGACGUUGAUGAGGUCUGGGGAACGAAGAAGGAGAAGGAAGAGAAGAAGAGGAAAAAGGAAGAGAACUCGGCUUACGAGAAGUCUGGCGCCGGCCGCAAGGAUGACAAGAAGAAGGACGACGUCGAGGUUGAAGGCCAGGGGCUGAUGCUCUUCGAGGACGAGGAGGUCACCGACGAGGUUAAGCCUCAGUUCGCCGGCCACGUCGUUGCCGUUGUCGAGCGUAUGCCAGGUCAGCUGUUCUCUGGCACACUUGGUCUUCUGCGCCCGUCCUCGGCCGCUACCAAGGAGAAGCAAGAGGCUGAGCGCCGUGAACGAGAGGGGAUCACGGGCGAGGAGCCCAAGAAGGGCCCCAUCGAGCGUCCCAAGAUCGUUUGGUUUAAGCCGACGGACAAGCGUGUCCCUCUCAUUGCCAUCCCGACCGAGCAGGCGCCGCCCGACUUCGUGCAGAACUCGGAGGCCUACGUCGACAAGCUAUUCGUUGCAUGCAUCAAGCGUCACCCUAUCAGCUCGCUUCAUCCGUUCGGUACCCUCGUGGAGGAACUCGGUCCCAUUGGAGACAUUGAGGUGGAAACGAGCGCUCUGCUGAAGGACUGCAACUUCCCUACUGAGGACUUCGCCGACAAUGUGAUGAAGUGCCUGCCGCCUAUGCCGUGGACUAUCCCCGAGCGUGAGCUCGACCUUCGCAAGGACUUACGCGGGGAGCGCAUCUUCAGUAUCGACCCGGACACCGCCAAGGACCUCGAUGAUGCCCUUUCUAUCAAGGCCAACGAGGAUGGCACAUACGAGAUUGGUGUUCACAUUGCCGAUGUGUCGUACUUCGUCAAGCCGAACACGGCACUCGACCGCGACGCGCGCAAGAGGGCGACCAGCGUGUACCUCGUGCAGCGUGCAGUGCCGAUGCUCCCGCCAACGCUCAGCGAGGAGCUCUGCAGUCUUGUUCCGGGCCAGGACCGUCUCGCGUUCUCUGUCGUCUUCACCAUGACUAAGGAUGCGAAGGUGACGAACAAGUGGUUCGGCAAGACCAUCAUCAGGUCCGCUGCGCAGCUGUCGUACGCGAACGCGCAGGAUGUCAUCGAGGGCCGUGUCCUCGGCGACGUUCCCGUCAUUCCCGAGCACAACGCGGUCGACAUUGAGCACGAUAUCCGCGUGCUGCAUGACAUCGCGAAGGAGCUGCGCAAGCAGAGGUUCGAGAAUGGCGCGCUGUCCUUGGACUCGCUGUCCUUGAGCUUCAAGCUCGACGAGACGGGCAAGCCGAUCGACUGCGGCCAGCGCACUCGCGUGGAGGCGAACGACCUCAUCGAGGAGUUCAUGCUGUUGACCAACAUUACGGUCGCGCAGCACAUCGCUGUCCACCUCCCCGAGCAGGCCUUGCUCAGGCGCCACGACACCCCCAUCGAUCGUCGCCUGAACAACUUCGUCGACCGCGCCAAGCGCCUCGGUGUCCAGAUGGACACCACGUCGUCCGGUGCCAUGAUGCGCUCCUUCGACGCCAUCAAGGAUCCAAUGACGCGCAAGCUGCUCGAGCUGCUGUCGUUCAAGGCCACCCAGCGCGCCAAGUACUACUGCGCGGGCAUGCUCGACAUCGCGAAGUAUCACCACUAUGCGCUCAACGUGCCUCUGUACACGCACUUCACGUCGCCCAUCCGUCGCUACGCUGAUGUGUUAGUGCAUCGCCAGCUCGAGUCGACGUUGCAGAGCACGCCUGGUGAGGCGAAGUUCAUGAUGGACCGUGAUGCGGUUGCGAAGGUCGCGCAGCAGUGCAACAUUAAGCGCGACUCUGCUGUACUCGCCCAAGAGCAGUCGGCACACUUGUUCUUGUGUGUCCUGAUCUCGGACCUCACGCACCGCUACGGCCCGGUCAUUCGCCAGGCCAAGGUCAUCAACGUGCUCGACGCUGCUUUCGAUGUGCUCGUUCCCGAGUUCGGUAUCGAGAAGCGCGUCCACGUCGAUCAGAUGCCCAUCGACAACCACGUCUACGACGAGCACACGCACGCCCUGCAGAUCUACUGGUCCAACCGCGACGUGAUCACCUGGCUCGCCGAGAACAGCGACGACGAGCACCUGAAGAAGGUGAAGCAGAACGCGGAGCAGCACGCGCUCAAGAUGGAAGUGGCUUCGCGCUCGGUUCAUGACGAGAGCGCGCUGUUCGAUGAAGACGACGGAGAUGACGAGAUUGUCCUCGGACGCGACAACGUCGACGCGACCAAGGAGACCUCGAAGCAGAGGCUCAUCUCGAUGGCGAAGGCCGAGCCUACCUUCGAGGGUUUGCGCACGACCCCGGCUGGGCACAAGAUCCAGGAGAUCAAGGAGCUGCAGACCGUUCCCGUCAUCGUGACGGCGGACCUGACGAAGAGUCCCCCUGUUAUCAAGGUGUACAGCGUCAACCCGUACGCCGAGACCAAGAAGAACUGAGGAUAGGGUCGGAUGGACAUUGACGCCCUUUAACGGUGCUCAAGCCGUUGUACUAGUAUUUGGAUCUAUGCACUCUUUCUUUCGCGUUCUUUCAUCACUUACUGACUACCGUACGAUGUCCGACGACCCUGGACUCCCCAUGGCCCCAAGGCUGGCCCCAUCGAACGUAUAGCCUCACAAACCCAUACUCUUCUCUGGCCGUCCUCCUCUUCGUACUUCCUCCCCACUUCCUCGCUGUUUCCCUUUCCAUACUCGAAUAUGUCGCACCUCAUGUCAUGUCUUUUGACGAUUUGUACUUAUCGAUGCCUCGCAUGUAUACGUUUGUGGACGAGAAUUAAUUGUAUUCCUCGCUGUUUGCUUCUACCUCGAGUGCUGUCCCCACGAGAAGCGCGGGCACGAGAAGUGGGGUGUGUGGGUGCCCGUGGGGGAUGUUAAGCCAAGAUGAAAGGUGUGGUGAAG